AUGGUGUCGGCAAACUCGCUGUACACGUACGCCAAGAUCGGCGCGGGUGUGGCCAUCUCCAUCCCGAUCAUCUUCGCCGCCGGUCUGUGGUACUAUCAACGGCGUCUCAUCUACCCUGCCGACUUCCCUGAGGGCUCGAGGAAGUUUGUCCCGAACCCCGUUGAGGCUGGACUGCCAUAUGAGGACGUCACGAUCAAGACUCCAGAUGGCCUCAAGAUCAAGGGCUAUGUCAUUCCAGUUCGCGAGCGGGUCGUUCCGCUCUCGGACUUGCGCGGACUGAACCAGCAGCAGAUGCGCGAGAAGGGUGACGCCGAGACCAAGGAGUGGGAGAAGGUCAAGGACAUGGAUGCUGCAAAGGACUAUAUCAAGUCGCGCCCGACGAUCGUCAUGUUCCACGCCAACGCUGGCAACCUCGGCCACCGCAUCCCGCUCGCGCGCAAGUUUGUCAGCGAGCUGCACUGCAACGUAUUCAUGCUCAGCUAUCGAGGAGGGCUCGCCAUCGGAAGAGGAGCCCCGCAUCAGCUAACGACAGGCGGCCAUGGAUUUCCUCUCGACUCACCCGCUGCUGAAGGACACGAAGAUUGUAUCGAUUGGAGGCGCCGUGUGUCCGGUGUCAUCGUUGAGAACACCUUCCUCUCGCUGACGAGCCUCGUCCCUCACGUGCUACCCGCACUGCCGCCGCUCCUCGUCAAGCUGCUGCUGAGCGAAAGGUGGGACGCCGGCAAGACCAUGCCCAAGAUUCCCGCGGCGACGCCGAUGCUGUUCCUCUCAGGCAAGCAAGACGAACUGGUACCUCAGGCGCAGAUGAAGCAGUUGUACAAGCUCCGCGGGACCGGCUCUGCCCGGUGGCGCGAGUUCAACGGAACGCACAACGACACGUAUCUCAGCCCCGAGUACUGGGCGGAGAUCGGGAAGUGGCUUGCGGAGGAGAUUGAGCACAAGGCUAAGAACCGCCAACAAAUCUCGCAGAGCUGCACCCGGAUUCGAACACCAGUCAGCAUUCAGGCACCUGCCACAAAAUUUAGUUCCGCUCAUCGUCGCCACCCACUUCAACGCAUCAUCGACGAUCGUCGUCCUCCAUUCACACCCUACCUCACCCCAACGACAGAUUUCGACAAAAUGGGCGCGGGCGACCUCAACAUGAAGAAGUCGUGGCACCCCGCGCUCCUGGUGAACCAGGAGCGUGUGUGGGCUGCGGAGCGCAAGGACAUCGAUGAAAAGAAGAAGCUCAUGCAGCUGAAGAAGGAGCGCGACGAGGAGCGACAGCUGGCCGAGCUGCAGCGCAUGCAGGAGGCCGCGACAGGAAAGAAGCGCGUCGAGCGUCUGGACUGGAUGUACUCGGCGCCCAGCAACGAGGGCGGCAUGGGUGGACGCUUCAACGAGCGCGAGCUCGAGGACUACCUCCUCGGAAAGAAGCGAGUGGACGAGAUGCUCGCACAGUCGGACAAGAACGUCGGCAACGCGCACAAGGAUUUCAUUGCUGUGCAGAACGCGAACACGGCCCGCGACACUGCUGCCAAGGUCCGCGAAGACCCGAUUCUGGCAAUGAAGAAGGCGGAACAGGCUCAGCUGGCCGCCCUCAUGAACCGUCCCGACAUUCGGCGACAGAUGAAGGCGGCCAAGGAGGCGAGGGAGGGCAAGGGCAGCAAGGAGGAGAGGAGGGAGCGCCGCCGCGCGGAGAAGGAGGAGAGGCGACGGGAGCGUCACGAACGCCACCGCGACCGGUCACCACGCUCCGAUGACGACGACUACAGGCGCCGACGAGACGACCGCGACGACAGGGAGAGGCGGCAUCGCGAUCGCUCCACCUCGCCGAGGCGAGACCGCGACAGCCGCAGGGACCGCGAUGAACGCCGGGAUCGUGACGACCGCCGGGAUCGUCACGACCGAAGGGAUCGCGACCGUGACUACCGCCGGCGCAAUGAUGACCGAGACCGCCGAGAUGACCGCGACGACCGUGACCGUGGACGCGACCGCCGAGACGACCGCGAUGACCGACGGGAUCGUCACGACCGUCCCCGCUCCCGCUCUCCUAAGCGCGAGCCUGAGUCCUCCCGCAACCACUACGAUCGCCCCCGCUCCCGCUCGCCGAAGCGCGAGCCCGAAUCCUCGCGUAACCACUACGACCGUCCCCUCUCCCGAUCGCCUAAGCGCGAGCCGGUCUCGGAGCGUAACGGCCAUUCUGCCCCUCGGUACGAUGACCGUCGCGGAUUCCGGAACGACCGCCCCCGCCGCCCGUCGCCGGACCGAAAGCCAGAGGUCAAGUCUGGCAACUCGCUGGAUGACAUGCGCGCUGCGCGCCUAGCUGCGAUGACUGCGUCGGCGGACCAGCUUCAGGCCGAGCGGACAAAGAAGCUCGCAGCCCGCGAGGCGGAGGAGCGCAAGGUAUUCGAGGCCGAGGAGAAGGCGCGAUCGCGAUACCACAAGGACGAGGCUGCAGGUUUGUUCAUGAAGCAGCAGGAGCAGAUGAGCGGAGGAGUCAGUCUGGGCGAGGCGCUUGGCCGCCGCGGUGGCAAGGGAUUGCUGCGAGACAUCUAG